AUGUUUGAAAUAAGUGCAUCAAUUCCUUGUCUCGUAGCGAGCGGUUUAACGCGCGAGUUCUCUCCACCGAAGCAAGAGCCUAAGGUAUGUCGAGAGCCAUAUCCUGGGUCAUUUGCAGGCGAGCCAGGUCUAGCGCGAGCUGGCAAAUUAAAGGGUGUUUGGGGAAAUUUAUCCGAUCCACUUGGGCAGGUUAGGAUGGCAUUCUCCCAUGGAAACAGCCAGCGGACUACAACAGUCGCCAUGUUUAGACCUCGGGGCUGUAAGGCAUCUGACUGUGCAUCGUUCCAGAUGGGCCAUCUCAACAGCAAUAGUCGAUAUCCAAGCCAAUACCGAGCAGGUGAUUUUCAGAAAAAAGACCUUCGGACACGUCUAGGGCUAGCAGAGGAUAAGGCGGAGAUUGUUCUCCGGGUCAAUUACCGAAACCUUGCCGAAAUAGAGCGCGCUGCUUGGUUCGGAGAGGCUGUUGGUCUAAUGAAGCUUUUUCAAUCAUAUAUCCUAAGGAAUCGACUCUUCUAA